UACACACACUUUUCAAAAUGGCACCCUAAAUACUCUACUAACUUCAACAAAAACAUCAGAAUACUCAAGCUUUUAGACUUGGACCCAGUGAAUUUGAUAAUGUAUGGGUCUGUGGCAGCCUCAAGGAAGAGACCCAGCGUUACACCAGACCAAAAGCAGGACUAAAGCAGGACUACAGCAGGUCUUGUGUAUGAGUCUCAUUUCUUGGAUCUGUCUCGUGUUUUUGUGUCAGACUGAGCAGAUCUGGACAUGGCGAGUCCCGGACCGCUGGCGCCUCCUCAGGUCGUUUUAUGGGAGGCAUUCCUCGGCCUGGAGUCUCAGGGGGAGCCGCUGGAGCCCCAGGGGGAGCCGCUGGAGCCUCACGGGGAGCCGCUGGAGCCUCACGGGGAGCCGCUGGAGGAGCUGCGGAGCAUCGUGAGCGCUCGGUUAGCUGCGGCCGUGGAGGACAUUCUGCUCGCGGUGGAGAAGACUGUGGCGAGGUACCGACACGAGUUUGACCGGCAGAAGAUGCAGCGGGCCGGCGUGGAGGUGAAGGAGGAGCCGCCGGGAGCAUCCGGAGGUGUUGCAGAUCAACCUUUGAAGCUGGAGCAGAUUCAGAUCACUGAAGCCAUGGGUCCGGUGAAGGAGGAGCAGAUUCUGGUGAACAUCAGCCACACAUUUGUCAAAGAGGAACCCGGAACUUUUCCACUCAGCGCCCAGUUUCCCGGGGAUGCCAUUAAGGAAGAGACACAGGAGAUCCAAGCAUUCCCUCAGAGACACCACAAACUCGAGGAACCAGAGGAGGAAUGGCACAUUCUACUACGCUCCAAAACCCAACCGGACCAGAACCAGGACCCAGGUCUAAACCAGGAUCUAAACCAGGACCAAGGUCUAAACCCAGAUUUGGAGCAGGACUGUGAGGAGAGCAUGGAGUGGAACUUUGAGGGACUAUAUCCUGGAGGCAGAAGUACAGAAGGAACGGAACAUUCAUCUGAAAAGGAACCAAUUCCAAAACGAGGAACCGCGAGACCGGAUCAUUGUAACAUUGCCACAUUGAACCUGGACCCCAAGGUGCAACUAAACGGUGCAAUGCUAAACCAACUACCACUAAAUCAUGCAACGCAAAACCAACAAAAAGCUGCGCCGUUGGAUUCGGGGGACGAGGUAACAGAGAACUCCUCUGACUUUAGCGACUCUGAAACUGAACGCUCCAAAUCUGUCAAUGAAAGAUCGUUCGUUAUGACAUCACAGCGUUGUGUUCCUGCAUUUAAAGGAGAGAAGAAGGCGGAAAAGAGGAAGAAGCUUAAUCGCAGAAUGACAAAGAAGGGCGAAAAGGUGGUAGCUGUGAAGGAGAGCGGAGCUGAUGCGAGCCACACCUCCGCCACAUAUAAAAGGAUGGUUGAUUGGCAGCAGAAGGUAACUCCACCCUGUCCAACACCGCCCGGCCAAACGACUCCCCGCGAGACCCUGCCUGGCCAAACAAAGCCCUGUGAGACCUCACCCUGCCCCGUCUGCGGGAAAAGCUUCACGACUAAAAGAAGUCUGAGCCGACACCUGAGAGCGCACGCGAACCAAAGCAGGAAAGAAGGGAAGAAAGAGAGGGAGGCGACGAGAGGAGGAGCAGACAAGAGCAGGAAAGCAGAGGAGAAAAAGAGAGGGAGUGAGAUUGUGCAGAAGAGACAGGAAGAGGACAGAGAGAAAGGGAGGGAGAGAACGCAAGGGAGCAACAAGAAGAGAAAGAGACAAAAGACAAGAGGGGGAGUGGAGGAGAGCGAGAAGAAAGGGGGAGAGGGAGUGCAGAAGAGAGCAAAAGUGGAGGAGAUGAGAGUGGAGGAGAUGAGGGAGGAGAGAGCGAGGGGGGAGGAGAGAGCGAGGGAGGAGAGAGCGAGGGAGGAGAGAGCGAGGGAGGAGAGAGCGAGGGAGGAGAGGAGCAGACAGAUGCAGAGGAUGGAAACUGACAAUGAAACAGACACAGACCAAACCAGGGACUCCUCAGAUGAAAACUAAAACCUGCACAGCCCUGGUUUAGUCCUGGUUCACAAAAAAUAGAUCUACUAAAAACUUGAAAUAAGAUCCAAAACAAAGGACCUUAUCCAGGUCUAAACCAGGACUAAAACGAGAUUAAACAAGGGCUAACCAGGACGAAUGAAAGCUACAGUUCCAGCUUGUUGAUUUUUCUGAUGUGUUUUGAGUCUCAGGUUUUAUCUGGUUUUAUGUAUAAAGAAGAUGACUUUUACAAUUUUGCUCAUUUCAGGAAGGACUGUUUUUUUUUUCUUUUUUUUUUGACCAUUUUGAAUCUGUGAAACAUACUUACGAAUGAAGUUCCUCAUAACGUUCAGACUCCAGAGAAACCUUUCAGCUGUUCAUACCAAACUCAGGAAACAGAAGUCUCAUCUGUAAAUGUUGUGAAUAAAAUGUAUGAAAUUA